UCUUAUGUUGGGGGUCAAAAGCAUCGCAGGAAACUUUAGGGUUUACGUUAAGAUGAAUGGUGGCACACUUUUUUCAAACUUGUUUUACUGGCUAUAAAACUUUUCAAAGUAAAUGCAUAGAAAUUCUCUGGUCUUCCAAAUCCUUAAUGACAAUUAAUCAAUGUAGCAAGGAAAAAUGACCAAGUUGUAGGACCGUGAUGUCCUACAUCUGUAAAAUGUUAUCCCUGUUGAAAACUUGCAAAGCUAAACAAAGACUAGUCGAUCAAUUAUAUCCUAUCCUCAUGAGCUUUUUCAAGUUAUAAAUGCAUUCCAAGAAUACACGAGAUCUUUCCAGGCCACUAAGAAAACCUUUUGUUAAGCACUAAUGGCGAGUGCAAAUUUAUUUCUCCUUUUCAUCAUUUCAAGCCUGUUUAGCUCAAACUGCAUUUCCUUUGCUGAAACUGACACAAUCAAACAAGGUCAGCUGCUUCGCGACUGGGAGCAGCUGGUUUCUGCAGGAGGGGUCUUCAGGUUGGGAUUCUUUAGCCCCAAUCCUACAUAUUCAAUCGAGCUUGGUUCCUCAGGUCCCCGCCACUUAGGAAUAUGGUUCAAUUACAUACCAUUUUACUCGGUUUGGGUGGCUAACCGGAAAGACCCUAUUCCUGAUUCCUCCGGUGCUCUAACCGUAGAUGGAGAUGGAAAAUUAAAGAUUACAUACCAAGGAGGUUCACCAAUUGUUAUAAAUUCCAAUAUGGCUUCAAAGUCUUCACCAGGUGGCAAUUUUACAGCCACCCUGUUAGAUUCUGGAAACCUUGUCAUUCGACAAGUUGAUUCAACAGGAUCAUUGGGACCUAUUUUAUGGCAGAGUUUUGAUUACCCCCAUAAUAUAUUACUGCCUGGAAUGAAACUAGGCAUGAAUAUAAAAACAGGGCAAAACUGGACACUCAGUUCAUGGUUAAGUGAAAAAAUUCCUGCUCCUGGCGCUUUCAAAUUAGGCUUGGAUCCAAGUGGUGCAAACCAACUUCUCAUUUGGCGUCGAGAUGAGAUUUACUGGUCAAGUGGAGUAUGGCAGAAUGGGAGUUUUGAGUCAGCACCUGAGCUGACGAAAAGAAAUGAUCUAUUGGACUUCAGGUUUGUUGCAAAUGAGGAGGAGAGGUACUUCACAUAUUCCAUCAAGAAGAAGUCUGUUUUAUCCAGGUGGGAUUUGGACACACUAGGCCAAAUUACAGCUUUCAUUUUGGAAAGAAAUGAUUCUUCCAGUAUCUGGAUUUAUGAUACUGUCGGUCCAUGCCAAUAUGCUUCGAAGAACUCAACUGCAGUUUGCCUAACAGAGAAGCCGACUAAGUGCAGGAAUGGUUCGGAAAUGUUUGUCCCAAAGAGAGGGUAUAUUGAUUAUACUGCAGAUUGGUAUUAUGACUCUGACUUCAACUUGAGUCUUAGUGAUUGUCAUGCCAAAUGCUGGAAAAAUUGCUCCUGUGUUGCAUAUAAGCCUGCAUCUAAUGAUGAUACUGGAUGCCAUUUUUGGAGCAAACUGUCAAACUUCACUCCUGGUGACAAUUUCGACUUUGUUUACCUUCUUUCUCAUCAAAAUAUUACAAGUUAAGGUAAAUAUUAUUUUAUAUAUGUGGCAGAGUGUGCCCUUUUAGACCGAGUGCUUUUCUUUACUGUACCAACUCUUUCUUUGUAUCAAACAGUACUACUGGAGAGUUGAAAGUUCCUACAUUACCAUAUUCUAUCAUUUCACAUCUCUCUUAUAUUA